AUGGACUCGACCGCGUGGUUCAAAAUCUUUGUCUGCUAUUUCUUCUACCGCUAUUUCCGCCUAGUUGUGAACUUGUGGGCUUUCUGGACUUUCAAGCCAAUCCCGAUACCAGAAAAUCCCACUCUCCGACCUUCAGAUGUCACGGUCAUUUUGCCAACACUGGAUGGUGAAGGGGAGGAACUGGAGCGAACCAUUGCCUCAAUCUUGCAGAACAAGCCCAAAGAGAUCAUUCUAGUCACCAUCGACGAGAACAUGCACAAGGCGGAGCGGACCAUGAACAAGAUGCCGGCAUCGAUCUUUAAACGAAUUCGUUGCAUGUCUGUCAAGCACGCCAACAAGCGGCGCCAGAUGGCCAGAGCUAUUCCGGAAGUCACCACGGAGAUUAUAGUCUUCGCCGACGACGACGUUACCUGGCCCGUGCGGACCCUGCAGUGGAUGCUGGCCCCAUUUGAAGACAAAAAGUAUGGUGGUGUAGUCACCUGCCAACGCUUGAGGCGAGCCGAGAAUCCGACCUUUUCUCAGCGGAUCUAUGGGUUCUUGGGGGCGCUCUACCUGGAGCGUCGUAACUUUGACUGUGCUGCCACCACGCACAUGGACGGUGGUGUGCCUUGCUUGUCAGGCCGCACCUGUGCUUACCGCACAAGCAUCUUGCAGGACGUCAAUUUCACCAAUGGCUUCACAAAUGAAAAGUGGUGGUUUGGCCAAUUUCAGUUGAAUGCAGACGACGACAACUUUUUGACUCGCUGGAUGGUCUCGCACCAGCACGAGACUUACAUGCAGUAUCAUCCAGAGUGCGAGGUGCUCACCACACUUGAAGACAACCCCAAAUUCCUCAAGCAGUGUCUGCGCUGGGCACGCAGCAAUUGGCGCAGUAACAUCACCAGCAUGUUCACUGAACGGGAUAUCUGGCGCCAGCAACCAUGGAGUGCCUACGCAGUCCACAUGACGACCUUGAUGCCGCCUGCAAUCAUUGGGGACGGCCUGCUAUGGUUGUUUCUCUGGCUUGGCACCUGGGACUGGCCGGCCGAUCAAGCUCAAAUUGCCCGCCUUGCCUUCCUUGCGUGGAUGACUUUCUCCAAAUUCAUCAAGCUGGUCACACACUUCAUCCGGUACCCUGUCGACGUCUUCCUGUGGCCUGUGUCUGUCCUGUUUGGCUGGUUCCAUGGCCUCAUCAAAGUGUACGCGGCGCUGACGCUCAGUGUGACCACAUGGGGCAGCCGUGCCAACGCCGAUGCCAGCGACUCCAGUAGGAUGAUCCGCCAGAGACGAGCACAUUUCCAGGACCUUGUGGACGAGAAGAUGCAGGAGAAGCUCCUCCCUAAUGACGAAAUGAGAACCUACGACCACGACACGAAACACUUCCAACCCCCCUCUGCAUAA